ACAGAACUCUCUCUUCUCGCUAGAGAGAGAAGAACUCUAGCGGUCGUCUCCCCUCUUUGUAGGGGUUGAGAUUUUCCGCCGCCCCUAUCAAUAUGGGGUUGGAGCAGCACAUUAUGCUGAUUUUAGUUGUUCUAACGCUUGGGAUUGCAACUACGUCUGAAAAGAUAACGUUGACGGAUGAACGGGGUGCGGUUGGGAGGUUGUAUCGAGACUGGAUCGUGAAGCCUUGGUCGGCCAUUCCGCGGGUGGAGUUGGUAUUCACCCAUAUUGCAAGAGUUCGUCUUCCUCCGGAACCGCCUCCAUAUCAGGAAGAGCUUUCUGACAAGAUUUUAUUUCAGUAUUAUUUUCUCUUUAGUAGCACUUGUUUCUGUUUUAGUCUGAGUAGAUUUGGUAUGAAUGUUUGGAUUUUUGGAGUUAUUUUGAUAGGCAGAGUUUCGGUUCCGAUCGUUUUAGGCCUAAAUUUGACCGUUUCAGGUUUAGGGAGUCAUGUUGAUUUGUAUGAGGUGACUGACUCUAAGUCUACUCUUAGGGUUCACGAUUGGAUCUGUAAAUCUUGUUUGAAGAUUGUCUUGUAUGUGUUUUUUAUUUUAAUUUAAUAGUCGCUCUUUGAUGAUAAAAA